AUGUUGAGCGAUAACAUCGGGGGUUCAUAUCAUUUUGCAAAUAAUAUUUCUCGAUUGAUUUAUCGAUGUUCUAUUCUUUUGGCUCAAUCCAUUUUGUUUGCUUACUUUAGAUGACAUUCAUUCAUCAUUGUUGCCGAUGAUAAACAUUUUUUUUUUGUUUCUUGUCACUGUUGUAAUCAUUUAAUCAAAUAUUUUUCUGGGUACCUUUUUUCUCGAACAUUUAUCAUUGUCAUUUGCAUUUUAUUAUAAAUAAUAUUUCAUUUUGAAAUUGUCUAUUCAUUGACAUUUGUUAAAUUGUUGAAAUAGAAUUAUUAUAAUGGGUUGCUGUUGUAAGACUACCACAUUUAUUCUGUUAAUUGCUGCCGGUAUUGGCCUAUAUCAUUUUUAUCCAUGUCUUUUCAAAUGUCAUGACAAACUAAAUUUGGAAACACUCAAAGUUGAUGAUUGGUUCGGUCAUGAAAAGCUUAAAGCCAAUCAACGAAUUCCAAAAGAUCCAGUUGAUGUUAAACCAUUCCGUGUAAAUGUUUCCGAUGCUGAUCUUAAUGAUCUUCAGGAACGUUUAAAACGUUCACGUUUUAUUGAUCAUCUGCAGGAUACAAAUUUUGAAUAUGGAUUCAAUUCAGAUUAUCUACGUGUUGUACAACAAUAUUGGCUAAAUAGCUAUCAAUGGCGUAAACAUGAAAAAAUGAUCAAUUCAUAUCCACAAUUCAUUACACAAAUCGAAGGUUUGAAUGUUCAUUUUUAUCAUAUUAAACCAAAAACAACAACAACGAACAAAGUGAAAACAAUUUUCCCAAUUCUAUUGGUUCAUGGUUGGCCGGGAAGUUUUUAUGAAUAUCUAAAAUCGAUACCGAUGUUCACCGAACCAGAUUCGAAUGGUAUCGCAUAUGAAAUUAUUUUACCAUCAAUACCUGGUUAUGGUUAUUCCGAACGACCACAUAAACCUGGUUUUAAUAUUCCGGCAGCUGCAAGAAUGUUCGUCAAACUAAUGAAACGUUUAGGACAUGAAAAAUUUAUUGUACAUGGUGGUGAUUGGGGUUCUGCCAUUUCAUUGGCCAUUUCGACCAUUUACCCCGAAAAUGUUCGUGGCCUAAAUCAGGUCGGUAGUUUUUUCCAACCAUCAACAUUUUGUGAUUAUCGACGAAUGUUGAUGGCAUAUCUAAUGCCUAAAUAUUAUUUCGGUACUGAUGAUUGGCAACGACAAUGGGAAAAAACAUUUCCAUUUGGUGAAAAAUUUAAAUAUAUGCUUCGUGAAACUGGUUACAUGCAUAUUCAAGCUACAAAACCGGAUACGGUUGCAGCCGGUCUAGUUGAUAGUCCAAUCGGAAUGGCUGCAUAUUUGUUGGAAAAAUUUUCUGCUUGGACACAUUCAGAUUAUAUGCAACGAUCGGAUGGUGGCCUAGUAAAUAAAUUCACAAUGGAUGAAUUAUUAACAAAUGUUAUGAUCUAUUGGACAAGUGGUAAUAUUGCUGCAUCUCAACGAUUCUAUCUAGAAAAUAUGCAAAAUUACCAACUUACACAAUCGCUAAUGCAAUUAAAAGUCAAAGUUCCAGCAUCUAUUAUUGAACCUGCACAUGAUAUCAUGAGAACACCAAAGAAAUUUCUUGAACAUUUAUAUGAAAAUCUUCUUCAAUUUACCGAGUCGAAUGUUGGUGGACAUUUUCUAGCAUUCGAAGAGCCUAAAAUUGUUGUCGAAAAUAUAAGACAAUUUUCGAAACAAUUAUUAGAUUUUGAGGAACAAAAACGUCAAGAAGAACAGAAACAACAGCAGGAGCAACAGAAAAAACAUGAUGAAGUGUGAAUUAUGGAUUGAUUUUGUUUCCAAUCUAAUUUUUCCAAAAACAGUUUUUGAUGUUUUUUUUAAAAAA